AUGUUGGUAGGAAGUUGAAAUGUCAAAGGUCACUUAGAGAGUACACUGUUCACCAUAGACUGCUUCAUGUUAUAUCACCCGAAGGGAUUAACCUGAUCUUGCAGCCAUCCCAUCAUGCUCUAGGAUUGCCCACACUCUGGUGGCUGCCUUUCUCGGGGAAAAGAUCGCUUGCUUAACUGGAGUGCCUUCACUGGAGUCUGACCUUUGACAUUUGCCCUCAAGAUGCCGACCACCAUAACAAGCAGACCCACAGAGGCUUUCUUGGGUGGCUCUAAGCGCUUCAAGUGUCAGGUGAUUGGAAAUCCUCGUCCAACCAUCCGCUGGUUUAAAGAUGGCAUUGACAUCACAAACAACCCUCGCUAUAAUUUCGAUUUUACUAUGGAAGGCCGCAUUUCAAUGGUGAUUCCAAAUGUGACGUACAAAGACGAAGGAUGUUACCGUUGUCGAGCUGAGAAUUCUGAAGGGAUCGCAUCGACGGCUUCUUUCUUGAUGGUCAGAGGUAGCGUGCAUGAACAGCGAGAUGAAAUCCCCACAACAGACGUCGCAGAGAUGGAAAUUGAAGAAGUGUACAUCAAAAAACAGGAAGAACGAGAAGAGUAUGCAGAAUCUUUCAGGAAACGAACGGAGAAGAAAGACAGAUGGAAACGGUCUGAAGUGGAAUACACAGAAGAAAUGUCAUCCUCCAGUUUCCAGGGUACUGUCCAGUUUGAAUCUAGUCAAAGUGAAUCCAUGACACUGGACCACAGGUCAUGGCAGAUGGAAAGUGAAAGUGAAAGUGAAACUGUUGCCAAAACUGAAAGUGAUAGUGGGUUUGUGUUUGAAGGACAGUCAAUGGUUAUUGAAAGCCAAGUUUUCGGAAAGAGUCAGGAACUGCUUGCAGAACUUGACAGUGAUCCUUCACUAAAAACAAAGCCGAUUUUCGUGGACAAUCGAAAAAGACCAAGCGAUGAAAUGGAAGCAGAGGAUGUGAUUGAAUUGGUUGUUCAAGAGGACACUCAAGGACAGUCGGAUGAAUUUGGGGAAUCCAUGGAGUCUGAGAUAACAUCACAAGAAAAAGAGGUUGCAUUGUUUAUAGAUGAAAGCAGCUUUGAAAAGACUGAAAAAAGUGACAAUGAAUCUCUUGUUGUUUCUUCUGGGGAAACUCUGGAAACUGUUUCAAAAUCCAGUUUCACAGAGCAGUCAAGGGAGAUAACUAUGGACUCAAACAUUAGUGAGGUCAAACAUGGGGAAGAAAAAUUCGGAGUGGAAGAGUCUGCUUCAGCUGAAAUGUCAAUUAAGAAGUCAUCAGAAAAAGAAUCGAAAGAAAUGUUAAAACAAACUGGGAAAAAGGAAGAAAACUCAGCGGAGAAGAAAUUAGUGGAAGAGUCUCUGAUGUCAAAGAUGAAGACAUUUAGGGAGCAAAGAGAUGAAGAAACCGAAGAGCUUUUUAUAAAGGAGGAAAGUGAAACCUUUGUUUCUAAAAAAGAGUCAGAGGUGGAAGAAAAGAAGGAAAAGAAAUUGACAGAGGCUGAAAAAAGAGAGCUUAAAAGGAAAGAAGAGGUUGAAUUGAGGAAGAAGAAGAGGGAAGAGGAAGAAGCAGCCAUGGUGGAGCGGAUGAAGAAAUUCAGACAGCAGCGCGAGGAAGAAGAGCAAGUGGACAUCUUCUCUGGUGUUGUUGAAGAAGUUGGCGAGAGUACCACUGUGGUCAGUGAAGAAACGUCCUCUGGGGGAGUUAUAGAGACAUCAGAGGGGAAGCAAGUUCAGAUUGAAGAAUUCUACAGCAAAGAGACAACUGUAGAAGGUGACAUUGAAUUGUCUAGAGAAAAACAUAAAGUUUUUGAAUUUGAGUCUAGUGUUUCAACACAGAACUUCGAAGAAGUGACGAUGGAGGAGGAAAGCAAUGAGAUGAUCAUUGAAGCUUCUGUUGAUAUGGAUGGAUUGGGCAUGAGAAGAGGUGAAGAAGGGCUGAAGAUUCAAGCUGAUGUAGCUAUUGAAGAAAUAGCAGUACAGGAGGAAGAAGAAAGGCUUAACGAAAAGAACAGAAAGUUGUCAGAGUUACAUGUUGAUACAAGUGACAUUAAAGCAGAAGUCGUGGAAAGUAGCAGGGACCAAACCAAAAUUUCUGGAGAGGUUAGCACUGAGGAAAUUUCCUAUAAGUCAGAAGAGGCGGGCUCAUUUUCGAUAGAAACUGAGGUAGUUAUUUCUGAGGAAGUGGCAUCAACUGCAGAUUCCAGAAAAUCGUGGCAAAAGGAAAGUAAAUCAGAAGACGUAACAACAAAAAAAGAGGAAGAGGGAAAAAAAACCAAACCUGAAACAGAGCUUGACAUUUCUGUAAGCACUGAAGUAACAGAAAAAAGUAUUCCUGAGAAAGACGGUUUCAAGAUUUCAACUGAAGUUGAAACUGAAGAGAAGCAUUACAAGGAAUCCAGCAGAGAAGAGACAACUGUUAUUGUGGAAGAAAGAAAGGAAUCUGUGCAUGUGGAUGGUGUGGCAUUUGGUGAAAAGGCUGAACUAGAAGCCAAACGUGAAGAUCUCAAAGAAGCAGAUGAACUAGAAGGGAGGAAAGCAGAAGAGAAAACCACAAAUUUGGAAAUGUCUGAGAAGGCAAAAGUAGACGAAAGUCUCAGAAGUAAGGAUCUCGAGAGGGGUGAAGUACUAGAGCAAAGCGAGGCCAAAGUGAGAGAGGGUGUUCUAAAAACAGAUGAAGGGACUACGUCCAAAAUUGCAGAGGUAGAGGGAGUGCAGAAGACUGCAGAGAAAGAUGUAGGUGGUGUUGCAGAAGCCGUUAAAGUGAGACCCAAGUUAACUGCUGAAGCCUCUGUAGGAGAAGAUGAGACCCUGUUAGAGGCAGUUGUUGAUGUGAAAGAAACUCAGACAGACAGAGGUGAUGUCUCGAAUGGUCUGAAGGAGAAGGAAUCUGUCAUUAUGUCCAAAGGCGUUGAAUCGCAAGCAGUUUUAGCAGAUGAAGUGAAAGGAGCAGAAACUGUUAGUGUUGAUGAGCUGAGCAAAGAAAGUUUGUCUUCUACACAGCAAGCAGACGAGUCUCUCACAGUUUCUAAGAGCGAAAGAGAAGAACUACUUUCCGAAGUUCUUUCAACGUCCAUCCAGAGUGAAGAUGUUUCAGUCAUGAAGACAGAAACAAAACCAGAAGAAACUUUUGCAACCCAGAAAGAUAUCCCAGGGAUUGCAGAGGGCAUUAAGGUUGAGCAAGAUGAAUAUAGAGCUGGUUUGCAAGAACAAAAAAUGUCAACAGAGGAAGUAGUUGAAAAUGGUGAUGCUGCUUCUGCUGAGAAAACUGAACAACUUGAAGCGGCUUCUGAUCUUGGGAAAGCCACCAAGGAUAAACCUGAGUAUAGGGUUGAUGCUGCCGAUAUGGCUUCAGAAGAUGUUUCGACUUUAGCGGAAGAGGCCAAGGUAGAAUGUGACAUUUUGAAAUCUGAGGAGGCUGAAAAAGUUUCAGCUUUGCAGACCCAGAAAAGUGAAGCUCUUGCAUCUGCAGCAGAAGCCGAAAAAGAACUCCAUGUAACUGAGGAUCUGGGUGUGUCAUUGAAAACAGAAUCUGCUGACGUGGAUGGAAUUGCCGAGGGUGAAAAACACAGAGCUACUGCAGACAGUGGUGCAGAGUCAAAGGUAGCAGAGUCUGUAGUUGAAGCAGAGCUGAAAGAGGCAAGGGAAUUUGGCCAAGAUCAAGAAACUUUAGUUGAGAGUGAAACCGCUGCAAAGGACAAAGCAGCGAAAGAUGCCGUUACGAGCCAAGUUGAUGAGCAGGUACAGGAUGUAGAAGAGCUAAAGAAGCUUGGACCGUCUGAAACUGCAGAAAAAGCCAUGGAGGUGACAGGGGAGGUAACUGUGGAGACAACCAUUGGAGACCAGCCAGAAUCCAAGGUGGAUGUCCAAAGCUCUGUGGAUUCUGUACAGUUCUCCAGUGAACUGGAGCAGAAGGCUUCUGUUGAUAUAUCUGUAGUUAGUGAAACGUCUGUCAAGGAGAGUACAGCUGAGAUUUCCGUCACCACGGAAACGUCUACAACUGACGAGCCACUCAAAAUGACCGCGGAAGUUGAUGUUUCUUCAACCAAAGCCCCUGAAGAAGAGGUUGGAAAACUGGACGUCCUAGCCGAAAUUGAAACGGAGAGCAAAUCGGCUGAAGAGGACACUAAGACGCUUACAGUUGAUGUUGAUGUGGAAGAAACUCCUGCAAAGCUUGAAUUAAGCGCUUCUGUGGAUAUUGAGACUUCCCAGAAGCCAGAUGAAGUCACUGUUUCAGCUGAGGUGGACAUCAGUGAGCCACAGGAAGAGGUUAAGGUCACUUCUGAAGUCAGCAUGGAGGAAACAGCUAAGGAUAUUGAAGAGGAGCCAAGUCAACCAACAACAACCCCGCCCGAAGUUGUAAAUGGACCUGCAGAGAUUUCCGUUGAAGUAGGCCAGACUAUCAACAUUGAAGUUACACUUACUGGUUUCCCAGCACCUACGGUUUCCUGGAAGAAGGGAUUCAAGAAUAUUGAGGAAGGGAAGAACGUGAAAAUGAUCGCAAAUGGAGAUGUGUACACACUGCAGAUCCUCAACACAGUUGUAGCAGACGCUGGAAAAUACCGACUGACGGCCUCCAAUUCUGAAGGUCGUACGACAUUUGAUGUCAAGGUCGAUGUUGUUCUUCCAAAACAGAAAGACAAGAAAGAAGAAAUAGAAGCUACAUCUCAGAGACCAGAGAAGACUGCUCCGGAGGUGACAGGGCCGGCGGAGAUAUCUGUAGAGAUGGGGCAGACAUUGUCUGUAGAGGUCACUGUCAAAGGCAACCCUGCUCCCAGAGUGUCAUGGUACAAAGAUGACCAGCAAGUUGUACCAAACUAUCGCAAGAAGACAACAGUGAACGGGGAAGUGUACAUCUUACAGAUUCUUAACACAGUAGAGGCUGAUGCUGGCUGUUACCGAGUAACGGCUGUCAAUCAAAAAGGAGAGACAUCGUGUGACAUCAAGGUUACCGUGACGCUGCCGGCCCCUCCCCCAGAUACCAGCACUGGUGGUGAAGAUGUUGAGGCAAGCGUCACUCUGAAGGACAAAGAACCAGAUGAAGUCACUAUAUCUGCUGAGGUCGAAGUCACAGAAAAGCUUAAAGAUGCAGAAAAAACACCCAUGGAGGUCACUUCCGAGGUCAGCGUGGAGGAAACCCCUGCUCCAAAGGAGAUAACUGCUGAUGUCAAGGUCGAAGAACCUCCCAAGGUCACAGAAGCUCCAGAGGAUGUGUCAGUUGAAGCUGAAGUAAAAACUACAGCUGAAGUUCCUAAACAUGAAAUGGCAGAAAAAGUGGAAGAUGUGUCUGCUAGUGUCUUGAUAAAAGAUGAACCAGGCGCAAAACAGCAGGAGGUGUCUGCUGAGGUGGAUGUUGGAGAGGACACCAGUGAGCCUGCACCAAGUUCACCAGAAGUCAUAAAUGGACCAGCGGAGAUUUCCGUUGAAGUGGGUCAGACAGUUAACAUUGAAGUAACACUUACAGGAUUCCCUGCUCCCAAAGUUUCCUGGAAGAAAGGAUUUAAGAACAUUGAGGAAGGGAAAAAUGUGAAAAUGAUUGCAAAUGGAGAUGUCUACACACUGCAGAUCCUUAACACAGUUGUAGCAGACACUGGAAAAUACCGACUGACGGCCUCCAAUUCUGAAGGUCGUACGACAUUUGAUGUCAAGGUCGAUGUUGUUCUUCCAAAACAGAAAGACAAGAAAGAAGAAAUAGAAGCUACACCUCAGAGACCAGAGAAGACUGCCCCAGAGGUCACAGGGCCAGCGGAGAUCUCAGUAGAGAUGGGGCAGACAUUGGCUGUAGAGGUUACAGUCAGAGGUAACCCUGCUCCCAGAGUGUCGUGGUACAAAGAUGACCAGCAAGUUGUACCAAACUAUCGCAAGAAGACAACAGUGAAUGGGGAAGUGUACAUCUUACAGGUUCUUAACACAGUAGAGGCUGAUGCUGGCUGUUACCGAGCAACGGCUGUCAAUCAAAAAGGAGAGACAUCGUGUGACAUCAAGGUUACCGUGACGUUGCCGGCCCCUCCCCCAGAUACCAGCACUGGUGGUGAGGAUACUGAGACAAGUGUGACAGUGAAGGACAUGGAACCUCCGGAGUUGUCUACCAAACCAGAGAGUCAGUCUGUAGUGGAAGGAGAACCUGUGUCGUUGUCAGCCACUGUCACAGCUACCACUGAGCAGAAGAUCAGUUCAGGGGAGACAAUCUCAAUGAAGGCAGAAACGGAAACUCCUGAUGACUUGUUCAUGAAGGCGUACAUCAUGAUCUCUGACCACAAGGACGCGGCCACAGACUUCAGCCUGAAGAAAGGCGAGACAGUUGAAGUUCUGGACACAGUCAACAAGGACAAGUGGCUGGUGCGGAAACAGGCCGAUAAGGAGAAGGUCAGGCUGAAGGUCAUCUGGUGAUCUCAAGCAUUUGGAUAGUCUAGUGCAAUGCACGUUUGUGAUGUGCCUAAUUACACCUGGCGAGCAUGAAAUCUA